AUGAAGUCCAUCGUGCACCUCACUCUCGCGGCCACGCUUGCCGCCACUGUCGCUGCUCAGCCUCAGCACCACCACCAGCAUCAGCAGCUUCACAAGAAGCACGUCGCGUCGCCUGUCGAGAAGCGUGAGCCUGAUGCCGUCACCGUCUACGAGGUGGGCCCGACGGUGACCCUGUACGAGCUCGCCGGAGAGCACGUUGCGGCCGAAAAGGCCAAGGAGGGCAUCGAGGACGGUCUUUACGUCGUCGUCGGCGAGAGCAAGCCCGAGUACACCCCGCCGCCGCCUCCCCCUCCCCCAUCCACUUCCGAGGUUCCCACCCCGACGCCUGUCAUGGCGGCUCAGUUUUUCGAGUCCAAGGAGCUGUCCACCUCGACGCCACUGCCCGAGACGACCCCCGAGCCCACGCCUACCACGAGCUCGGUCGCCCCGCCUCCCACCACCACCGCCGUCAAGGUCGACAAGGGCAGCAGCAGCUCGGGCGGCCAGGGCAUCAACUCCAAGUUCGACAGCGGCAAGGUCAAGUGCUCCCACUUCCCCUCCGACUACGGCGCGCUCGCCGUCGAUUACCUGGGCACCGAGGGUUGGAUCGGCGUCCAAAAGGUGCCCAAGUACUCGGUCGGCGAUGCCUCCAUCAGCUACAUCGAGACGGCCGUCAAGGAGGGCUGCAGCCCUGGCUCCUUCUGCUCGUACGCCUGCCCCGUUGGGUACCAGAAGACCCAGUGGCCUUCGGCUCAGGGCGACACGCUUCAGUCUAUUGGUGGCCUCUACUGCAACGCAGACGGUUAUCUUGAGCUCAGCCGUCCUGAGUACGACACUCUUUGCGAAAAGGGUGCCGGCGGCGUCUGGAUCCAGAACGAUCUUGACGAGACCUCGUGCGUCUGCCGCACCGACUACCCUGGCACCGAGUCCAUGGUCAUCCCGACCAUUCCCCAGCCCGGCGAGAAGGUCGCCCUGACCAACCCCUCGGCCAACGAUUACUACGUCUGGAACAACCUGCCCACCACUGCCCAGUACUACGUCAACAAGAAGGGCCUGCCCGUUGAGGACGCCUGCACCUGGAACAGCCCCGUCGAUCCCAAGGGUGCCGGCAACUGGGCCCCCAUCAACAUCGGGACCGGCAAGGCCGCCGACGGCAACACGUACAUCUCCAUCUUCCCUAACUUGCCUACCAGCACGGCUCAGCUUGACUUCAACAUUGAGAUUAUUGGUGAUGUCAACACAAAGUGCGCUCUCAUCGACGGCCAGUACACUGGUGGCGGUUCCACCGGCUGCACCACAACACUGGCUGGCACCAAGGGCGAGGCCAUCAUCCGCUUCUACAAGAAUUAA